AUGGAGGCAAUUACUAUUAUGCCCUCAGAGCUAGAUCUACCACUACAGUCAGGAUGCUUUGUUGGCAGAACAAGACCGAAUGUUUACGUUACCGAAACGGCCAAUUCACCUGCUAUGGAAAAACCAAGUUGGAUAGCCCUCAAAGCCAGAACACCCUCUAUGCAUUUCAACAUUCUAUCUACUAUUCAGCCCAUGCUUCCAGAAAAACUUCUCACCUCAUCCUCAGAAGGCAACACUAGUUUUGUCCAUGAUUCUUGGUCCUCGUCUACUACAGAAAAUAUUCAGCACUGGGCAGUCAGACAGAAGAAAUUCGCUUUGUUUUUGAAUUUUUUUAAAGCUCUACCUAAAGUUAUGGAUUUUUUGUUCAAAAUCUGGCGCGUCACUAUUUUGGAUUUCGGUGUUGUUUGUGGAAGUACCGGACGAUGUAGCUCCUGUGUAAGAAAUUCGCUCCUCUUACAGAAUGUUAUUUUUUUAAAACACUUUACUGCUGCCUCAAAGUGGGUUGGUUCUACAAUGGCUCUCAGAAAAGAAAAUUCUAAAGUUAACCACAAAAAUUUAAACCAUGGAAAUCUUGGGCAGUAUUGCUUUCCACUUUUAGUAUUCGAGAGAAGUUUAACAUCUAAACAACACUUUCAAAUACCUUUGGAAAUGCCGAUUGAUCGCACAACAGCUAAGACUGAAGAUUUCCAUCUCCCCGGUUAUCAGCUUAAUUUUGAGAAAAUCUUAACAUUUUCCGAGCUUGCCAGCACAAACAUCAAUCUUACGCCGUAUCCUACUAGGACCGUUUAUUUUUUCGAAACCCAACCAACAACAUUUAUUUUAUUCAAUGUUGUAAGACGUCACAGCUGUCGUUCGUUGUCUAAAAAGAAACAAGACAAACGAUUAACUGUUGGAAACGUUAAUACUUAUCUGUACCUAGUAGGGAGUGCUUUUACACCAUUUGCGCCUAGUGUAAAUAAUUAA